UUGUUGUUUCCUUGUCCCUGCAACUAAGUAAAGUAAAGUCUGUGUGUGAAAACCGUCAGCAUAGAUAGAGAGAGUAAUGAUAACGAAAGCGAAAAAACAAGACAGGAUUGGAUUGGAUUGCACACACAUAACCUAACCCAUUCACCUUGAUCUGGAAAUUUCUCUCUUGGUUUGUUCACUCAAUCUUCUCUUAAAUUAUGAAGAAAGAAUAGAUAAGUGAUGGCUGCAGCAGAAGCAAGAGUUCUGUGGCAGAGAACUGCUAAUCGUUGCUUUGUCCAGGAAGAUGCAAAACACGCUCCCAAAUUGGCUUCAUGUGCAACAUCAAAUUUGGUUGAUGCUGGACCUGCUAGUACAGCAGAUGAAUCUGAUCGUGCUGCUGUUAAUGUCACCCAUUUUAACAGGAAAUCAUCAUUUUCCAAUCUAUCACAUGACUCUAAGUGGUGGUUGCACUUGCAACCUAAUUAUGGGUAUGAAAAGGGUUUAACAUAUGAACAGUUAAAUGCAUUGGAGGGUGAGGUAGAAACUUUGACGGCUAGUGAAGAAAAUAGAACAUCUGAUAAGAAUCCUCAAGUAAUGGAUGUGAUGGAAAAACAUGAGAAAAUGGAGAUUGAUUCUAUUGGCUGCUCUGUGGCCUCCAAGAAAACAAAUGAUUUUUCCCCGGAAUCAGAUUAUUCAUGGAUUGAAGGUGAUAAGGCCGGGCCAUGGUGGCGGACUACUGAUAGAGAUGAGUUAGCUUCCUUUGUUUCACAAAAAUCCCUCAACCAUAUCGAGAAUUGUGAUCUUCCUCCACCUAAAAAGAAGCAUCAUAGUGGACACCCUUGUACUAGUAUUAGUGAUGACAAAAUGAAGACAGCUUCUUAUGACCGGGAAGCCAAAUUCAGAAGUAUUUCAAAUUUGACAACUCAUACACGGGGAAGUUUAGAUUCUGGAUUAAUGCAUAGGAAGCAGGGGCCUUCUACCAAUGAAGGGCUUUCAUAUUUUGCUUCUGACAAAUCAUCAAGUUAUACCCCUACACAUGAGGAUGUUAGAGAGAGCCAACAAAUUCAUUUUGAGGGAGACGCCGGCAAAGCUCAGCUAGUGGAAGCAUUGUGUCACUCUCAAACACGUGCAAGGGAAGCAGAGGAAGCUGCAAAACAAGCUUUCGCAGAGAAAGAUCACAUUGUUAAACUCAUUUUUAAACAGGCUUCACAACUUUUUGCAUAUAAGCAAUGGUUUCAACUGCUGCAGCUGGAAACUCUCUGCAGUCAGAUGAAGAAUAAAGAUCAGCAGAUCCCUACACUUUUUCCAGUGGGUCUUCCAUGGUUGUCUAAUGAAGGUCGGAACUCACGGAAAAGAAAGCAGAAAUUUUGCAAUGCGAAACAAGAAGCGCUAGCUAAGCCAAAAUGUGAUGUAACAACAUAUGCUGUUGCCAUUGCUUUAGGAUUCGGUCUUGUUGGGGCAGGCUUGCUCUUAGGAUGGACAGUGGGUUGGAUGUUACCUCGUUCAUAGUUCUUUAUCAUUUGGAUCAUAGUCCUGCUUGUCAUGAGCAACAAGGGGAAAUGGUUAACAUGGAAAAGAGAGGCCCCUUUUAAUUUAUCCGAUGUGUAAGUAUUUUUGUAGAUUUGUUAUUCCUUUGUUGUAUAUCUGGGUUGUAGUUUUGUAAUGAAUAUGUUAUUGAGAUGAUGUACAUAAAUCCUUCUGUGAAGUCGAGCUCUUGUUAAAUAUUUAGCUCUGCCAGUAUCAAUUGGUUGAA